AGCUUUAGCAGAAUUCACGAUUUCCUGAUCAAAACAACUUGGGAAGAACUAUCAAGAAAGGUUUUAUUCCUUCGAUAACCUUCUCGACAAACAACAAUGCGGACAUAGAUUUGAUCGUCAGUUCAAUUGAAAUAAUACUAACCAUAAAAAACAGGUAAAGUUGGCUUAUUAUCAGCAUCAAAAGAGCUUACCAACCUCCCAGCAAAGCUUAAAGGCUUCGUAUAUUCUCAAAUAUGUCUACAAUGAUACGUACCCCUACUACACCAGCAACUCAACGAUCAUCACCAGCGUCGGCAAGAAAGUCGGGGUUUGGAGAACCACAACCAUCCACUCCGCAGGCGGGAACCUGGAAACACCCCAAAUUUGAUGAAAUCGCAAGACGACAGAAUGUGGCCACUUUCACAGAUCAAAACAUGAGGCGACUUCUAUGGAAUGGUGUGGGAUUUGUUGUGCUAUGGUACAUUGGACAAACAAUUUGGAGAACUUUCCCUGGUUAUUUCUUCGGUGAAGCUUUGUUUCCAAUGUUUGCGUCCUGGACCUUUCGAAUAAUACAACUCUGCCUCAUUUUUAAUAUUGUUGUUGCACUUCGCCCAUUUUAUACGAAACGAGACAACAUGGAAGAUAUACCUUUGACGCCCGCUCAACGAAAAUUGCUUGGGUUAAAACCUAGUUCAAGACCGCCUACUCCAGGGUCGGAGUAUGUUACUCCACCGAGAUAUAGGAGGACUUCAACACCCCUGAGCAGCUCGCCUGCGAAUCGAAGAGGAAACCCAGCUUCUGGAAGUCCUUCCGGAAAGCGAUCCGAAAGUCCGCACACCCAAGACGGCCUGGAAAGCUUGAUCAAUCCACUGGGGCCCGUCUAUUCGCCAGGUGCAAGUCCCUUGUUACAGAAGACUCUCAUGAGCGGAAGUGGUAACCGGAGGUCUUCAUAUGGCUCAAAUCCUCUCGGUCGAUCUAUUGGGGAUCCUGGCACACCAAGUCCAUUAGGUGUUGCGAAACCGUCGAGUGUUGGGUUAAAUAAUAAAUGGCUUUACGAGAAGGGAAGGAGAAAUUCAGGCAAUACGCGAUUGUAUACAUAGAUUUUAGACUUGAUGGAUUGUGGAUAUAGAUAGAUACCCUUGUGGCCCGCGUUACUAUGACUUUGCACCUGCAUUAUUGAAUACUGGUACUUGACAUUAUCCUGAUGAUUCUCGGUCUGCC